UGAGCGACGGACUGGAAGUAAGACCAAAAUACAAAGGAAUUCUGCACUGCUUGACUACCAUUUGGAAAGUUGAAGGACUGCGAGGACUCUAUCAAGGAGUAACCCCAAAUGUAUGGGGUGCGGGUUUAUCCUGGGGACUCUACUUUUUCUUUUACAAUGCCAUCAAGUCGUAUAAGACAGAGGGAAGAGCUGAACAACUAGAGCCGCUAGAAUACCUCGUCUCAGCCGCUGAAGCUGGAGCCAUGACUCUCUGCAUCACAAACCCACUGUGGGUGACGAAAACUCGCCUUAUGUUACAGUAUGGUGGUGUUGUUAACCCCUCGCAGAGACAGUAUAAAGGGAUGUUUGAUGCACUUGUGAAAAUAUACAAAUACGAAGGUGUGCGUGGAUUGUACAAGGGAUUUGUCCCUGGGCUGUUUGGGACAUCACACGGCGCCCUGCAGUUCAUGGCAUAUGAGUUGCUGAAAUUGGAGUACAACAAACACAUCAAUAGAUUACCAGAAGCCCAGCUGAGCACGCCAGAAUAUAUCUCUGUUGCAGCACUAUCUAAAAUAUUUGCUGUAGCAGCAACAUACCCGUAUCAAGUUGUGCGAGCCCGUCUUCAGGACCAGCAUGUGUCUUACGGCGGCAGGAAAGAAGGCAUCGGUGGAUUUUACAAAGGCAUCGCUCCCAAUUUGAUUAGAGUGACUCCAGCCUGCUGUAUCACCUUUGUGGUUUAUGAAAAUGUCUCACACUUUUUGUGUGGCCUUCGAGAAAAGAAAGUAAGCUAGAAGAAGAUUCCAGCGUAUCUGCCUGAGGUGGCUGCAGACUCCUUUGUGUUUGAAACACAGAACUCAGAAGAUGACAGCAGAGCAACACAGCUCAUGGCCCAGCAUCUGUCUGUAUUAGAAGUCAGAGGAUGAAAAAUCUU